CAGAGACAGCGAGAAAGAGACACACAGAGAGAGAGAGACACAGAGAGAGAGAAAGACAGAGAGAGACAGAGAGACAGAGAGACAGAGAGAGAGAGAGAGAGACAGAGAGAGAGAGAGACAGAGAGUAAUGGCAUGAAGCAUUAACAGCAGCAGGAGCACCAUCCUGACCAAAGCGCUUCACCGUCUCUCUCUCUCACACACACACACACACACACACACACACACACACACACACACACUCUGAACUUUGGCAUCUGCUCGAGCGACGUGCUGCUGAUUUGCGCUGGGGGCAGAAAGAAAUACCCUGCAGCGCCAGUUGAAGUGUUUUACGCGCGGACGCACCGCGGCUGUCGGACAUGGGAGCGGAUUUAUGAGGAGCUUUUAUCCGGAGCUUUGAUGGGAGUUGCUGUGUGUUUUUUUGCUUCUGUGCCGAAGUGAGCCAUGUUUCCUCCCUCUGCUCUCUGCUGCCUGGCUUUGCUGAUCACCGCGGCGCCGCUGCGAGGGACCAACUCACAGCAAGUGUGCACGGGCACAGAAAACAAACUGAGCACCCUGUCUGAUCUAGAACAGCAGUACCGAACCCUGCGCAAGUACUAUGAAAACUGCGAGGUGGUGAUGGGCAACCUGGAGAUCACCAGCAUCGACCGGAGCCGGGAUCUGUCGUUUCUCAGGUCCAUCCGGGAGGUAACCGGAUACGUGCUGGUGGCUCUGAAUCAGUUCGACUAUCUCCCUCUUGAAAACCUGCGCAUCAUCCGUGGUACUCGGCUUUACGAAGACCGAUACGCCCUUGCCGUCUUCCUCAACUACCGCAGAGACGGGCAUUUUGGACUGCGCCAGCUCGGCCUCAAGAACCUCACAGAAAUUCUACACGGAGGAGUGUACGUGGACCAGAAUAAGUUGCUGUGCCACGCCGACACCAUCCACUGGCAGGACAUCGUGAAGAACGUUCGUCCUGAUAACCUGGUGGUUCCAUCCAACAGCAGCAACACUUGUCAGAGGUGCCAUCGUGCCUGCAACGGCCGCUGCUGGGGUCCGAAAGAGAGCCAGUGUCAGAGCUUGACUAAGACGGUUUGUGCUGAACAGUGUGAUGGUCGUUGUUUUGGUCCGUAUGUCAGUGACUGCUGCCAUAAGGAGUGUGCUGGAGGCUGCUCGGGUCCCAAAGAUACUGACUGUUUUGCGUGCACUAACUUUAAUGACAGCGGGGCGUGUGUGACACAAUGUCCUCAGCCCUUUGUCUACAACCCUACAACCUUCCAACUGGAACACAACCCUCGUGCCAAGUACACAUACGGAGCCUUCUGCGUCAAGAAGUGCCCCCAUAACUUUGUGGUGGAUCACAGCUCGUGUGUUCGUGCAUGUCCCAGCAACAAGAUGGAAGUGGAAGAGAACAAGAUAAAAAUGUGCAUUCCCUGCACUGACAUAUGCCCCAAAGCGUGCGAUGGAAUCGGGACUGCGAGUCUCCAAACAGCUCAGACUGUCGACUCCAGCAACAUCGACAGGUUUAUUAACUGCACAAAGAUCAAUGGCAACCUGGUGUUUCUCAUCACGGGAAUCAAAGGUGAUGUGUACCACAACAUCGAGGCUUUGGAUCCAGAGAAACUCAACGUGUUCCGCACGGUACGAGAGAUCACCGGUUUCCUGAACAUUCAGUCAUGGCCGGAAAACAUGACGGACCUGAGCGUCUUCUCUAAUCUGGCGACCAUAGGUGGCAGGUCACUUUAUAGCGGAAUCUCUCUGCUGGUGCUCAAGCAGCAGUGGAUUUCAUCACUGCAGCUGCAGUCUUUGCACGAGAUCAGCGCCGGCAACGUCUACAUCACCAACAACAGCCAGCUUUGCUACUACAACACCAUCAACUGGACCAGCCUCUUCCGCAUCCCUACGCAGAAAGCUCUGAUCCGCAACAACAGGGAACCCAAAGAGUGCAAUUUGGAUCGCAUGGUGUGUGACCCGCUGUGUUCGGAUGCGGGAUGUUGGGGUCCCGGUUCAGAUCAGUGCCUGACCUGUCGCUUCUUCAGCAGAGGGCGCAUGUGUGUGAAGUCCUGCAACCUGCACUACGGGGAGGUGCGAGAGUUUGCGAAUGGCUCUACGUGUGUGGAGUGUGAUGCUCAGUGUGAGAAAGCUGAAGAUGAUGGUCUGACCUGCACUGGGCCGGGUCCUGAUCAUUGUGUGAAGUGUCUCCACUUUAAAGAUGGGCCUAACUGUGUGGAAAAAUGUCCUGAUGGACUCCAGGGAGCCAAUAGUUUCAUCUUUAAAUAUGCAGAACCCAAUAAGGAAUGUCAUCCAUGCCACAUCAACUGUACCCAGGGAUGCACUGGGCCGAGGCUUCAGGACUGCAUUGGUAUGAUUGACAGGACUCCCCUGAUUGCAGCAGGGGUGAUUGGAGGCUUGUUCGUGGUGGUCAUCGUGGCACUGGGCGUGGCCGUGUCGCUGAGGAGAAAAAGCAUCAAAAAGAAACGAGCACUCAGGCGCUUCCUGGAGACGGAGCUGGUGGAGCCUCUGACCCCGAGUGGUGCGGCACCUAAUCAGGCCCAGCUCAGGAUACUGAAGGAGACGGAGCUAAAGAGGGUGAAGAUUCUCGGUGCAGGAGCCUUUGGCACCGUCUACAAGGGGAUCUGGGUGCCUGAGGGUGAGACGGUGAAGAUCCCGGUUGCAAUUAAGAUUCUGAACGAAGCGACAGGACCUAAAGCCAACGUGGAAUUCAUGGACGAGGCACUGAUCAUGGCCAGCAUGGAGCAUCCUCACCUGGUGCGUCUGCUCGGAGUGUGUUUGAGUCCCACCAUCCAGCUGGUGACCCAGUUAAUGCCUCACGGCUGCCUGCUGGACUACGUACAUGAGCACAAGGACAACAUCGGCUCCCAGUUGCUGCUCAACUGGUGUGUCCAGAUCGCCAAGGGCAUGAUGUAUCUGGAAGAGCGGAGGCUGGUACAUCGGGACCUGGCAGCCAGGAAUGUGCUUGUCAAAUCCCCCAACCACAUCAAGAUCACAGACUUUGGUUUGGCAAGGCUGCUGGACGCAGAUGAAAAGGAAUACAAUGCAGACGGAGGGAAGAUGCCUAUUAAAUGGAUGGCCUUGGAGUGUAUCCACUACAGGAAGUUUACUCACCAGAGCGAUGUCUGGAGUUACGGAGUGACUAUCUGGGAGCUAAUGACGUUCGGAGGAAAGCCGUACGACGGAAUUCCCACACGCGAGAUCCCCGACCUCCUGGAGAAAGGAGAACGUCUCCCUCAGCCGCCCAUCUGCACCAUCGACGUCUACAUGGUCAUGGUGAAAUGCUGGAUGAUUGAUGCAGACAGCAGGCCGAAGUUUAAGGAGCUAGCGGCGGAGUUCUGCAGGAUGGCCCGUGAUCCCCAGCGCUACCUCGUCAUCCAGGGUGAUGACCGGAUGAAGCUGCCCAGCCCCAAUGACAGCAAGUUUUUCCAGAGUCUGCUGGAUGAGGAGGAGCUGGAGGACCUCAUGGAUGCUGAGGAAUACCUGGUGCCUCACACCUUUAACAUCCCUCCUCUUACCUAUACGACUCGCUCACGCCUCGACUCCAACCGAAAUCAGUUUGCCUGUCAGGAUGGCAGUUUUGGUAUGGAGGCCAUGAUGGCCACUAUACCCCGAGUUGUAGCUGUUUCCUCUGUAUCACCAUCAUGCUCCUCUCAAGAGACUCAGCAGGGUGCUGCAGGAGUCACAGAUGACCUACGUUGUAAUGGAACCCUGAGAAAACAAGCAUCUCCCCGGGUCAGGACCGGAGAGGAAAGCAGUGCACAGCGCUAUAGCACCGAGCCCACACUGCUAAUGGGUGAAAGAGCAGCCAGAACAGAAAAAGACCAGGAUGGAUACAUGACUACUAAGAAGGAGAAGAAACCCACAGAUUAUCUCAACCCAGUGGAAGAGAACCCAUUUGUUACCCGACGCCGAAACGGAGAAGUUCAUAAUCUAGACCAGAGCCACCAUUCAAGCACCAAUGGCCAACCCAAGAUGGAAGAUGAAUAUGUCAAUGAUCCCUUGUAUCUCAAUACUUUUCACAAUUCUGGAGAGAAGAAUCAGGAGACCUUGCGAAAGAAUGGCAUCCCUGUGGCCCAUGGAACGCUGGUAUUGGGCAACCCUGGUGCUGCCAGUGGCCAAAAUGUUGCUCAAAAAGGUCACCCAUCACACAGUGCUCCCUCAGGGCAUGGCCACAUCCCGGCACAGCCCAUUUACUCCACUCAGUCUGGUAUACCCACCCUUUCAAGCCACACCCUUCAUCCUUCGCUUUCAGGCCAUAGCCUCCAUGCGUCCCACACUCUCCACCCAGCUCACUCUGGCACUGUUGUAGCAGACAAAAAACCUAAAAAGACCUUUGACAACCCUGAAUACUGGCAGCACAGUCUUCCACCCAAGGCAUCACUACAUGGGCCAGAGGUUUUGCAGGACUGCAGCACACGCUUCUUUUAUAGGCAGAACGGCCGCAUCCGGCCCGCGGUAGCCGAGAACCAGGAGUACCUAACAGAGUAUGCCCUGAAAACAGGCACGGUGCUCCCACCGCCACCCUACCGGCAGAGGAACACAGUAGUGUAGGACAAUGGAGGCAAAAGAAUGAAAGAGAUUAGAAGGAGAGGGAGAACAGGAAGAAGGGGGCAUUCAUAGUUUCUUUUAACACUGGACUUCACAACAGUACCAGUUCUCCUCCCUUCCCCUCCUCAUCUCUCCUGUACCCUACUCCAGACUGUAUUUGAUGCUUAAUUAGCACCCAUCUGGUGUUUCUCUCACCGAGACAGAUGAAAGACAACCAUGUCAGUCAACCUUUCUCCUUGUCUUACCCCUCCAUUUCCCACCAUCACAAAUAAUUACCAUCUUUGGCAUUUGGACUUUGGAUUCACUUGGCAAGAGAAAUCUCUUUCCACUGCAAUGCCAGAUUCUCUAUUUGCAUUAUACUGGAAUUGGUUUGAAGACAUUCUCAAAUCUGGUUGACAAGUAAACAUUUACUAAACGCUCUUGGACAACCAAUUUACUGCCACACUGUGGACAUUUUGAAAGAAGUCAGGACAAAAAGAGUACUAAGCACCAAGUCUGUCUUGAUGGGCCCUUUUUCUGUUACUACCCUAGUCAUUUGUUAAAUAUUAGAAUGCUAUUCCAUGCAAACAUUUUCUUUGUUACAGCUACAUUUUCAUCUCUUAAAAAGUCCUAAGAGAGUAGUAUGGGACUCAUCGUCAUCACACCAUUUAGUCUCUAUGGUCACUGCCUUUCUUUUGAAAUAAAUGCUAAUAGCAUUACAUUACCCCAAAGGUCCAAUAGCCUAAAUUUGGGACCAUAAAGUGCCAGGACAAACGCCAUGUGUCCAAACACAUGCACACACCAAACGUAAAAAAGAAUUUGUUUUGUCAUGCCAUUCUCUAUGGGCGAUACAGAGAGGAACUUAUGUAAAGUCUACUGUAAAGUCUAUUGUUCAUAAAAGAGGAUGCGUUCAAUAGUCUGCAGCAGUAUUUUUCUUUUUGUUCCAUUCAGCCAGCAUUGAUUUUUUUUCACCCAGCAACAGUUGACAGUCACACAUGAAACCACCAGCUGUGAUAAUGGACUGCACACACAGAGGUAAUAAAACGACUAUACAGACUGCACAAACUGGAUCUAUCUUAAAUGCCUGAUAAUAAUGACCAAGGCAUAUUACAAAUCAAGAACGGAUGAUACAGACCUCUUGGUCAAUACUGACCUUUUCUGAAUGACUUGAAUGCUACAGUCUGAGGAUCUGAGGAGCGAUAUAAAAUUGUGAUAGUCCAUCAAACGAGGGUCAGUAAGAGACACGCUGGGACUCGCUUUUUAUUGCAACCGCUUGAGCUGGCACAAUUAAUCCUGAUGCAGAGGAGCAUGAUGAAGAACAAGUGCCAGGAAAGUUCAUGCCAAGAGGAAACAAACAAUUAACAUUCAGCAUUCGAGGCAGAGACUACUGGUCUUUUUAUGGGUCUUCUCCCUUUGGACUAUGUUCAACUGGAAAUAUGAAAAACGUUGUAAAGUUGUACAUCCUGCAACUUCAUAGGUUUGUAUAAUAAGAUAUAUGUUUCUCGUAAUGUUGGACAACAAAUCGAGAAAUGUCACACUGAAAAAGAGAGAGAGCGAGAGAGCGAGAAAUAUGUCGAUCAUGUCAAGUGUCCAAGGCCAGGAUAGUGUGUAGUUUUGAACACUGCCAGGCGUUAUGUUUUGCUGCUAAUGGAGGGACUUCACUUGUCUCUUAUGUAGGUUUAAAAGCACUUAUUGGUCUGGCACUGUCAAUUAACAUCCCCCUUUCCAACCAUUAAGACUGAGAAAUAUUUGAAUCAUUCAUGUGAUUCCUCUUUUGUCAUACUGGUAAAGAAAGGCCAACCUGUACUGUAUGUGUGGGUUGUGCUGUGUAUUGGUACAAUUUAUUAUUUUUUUUUUAUUUGAAAUAUUAUAUAAAGGGUUAUAAUCUGGUACUGAUGAUUUGUACACAAGGACUAACUAGUUCUAUACAGAAUUUUUCUUCACUGGGAUUUAAUUCGCAUCUCUCUUAAGACCACCGUAUCGUAAUACACUGAUGAGAUACUUUGAAGGGUUUUUGUUGUUGUUUGUUAGUUAGUUUUUCUGUAUAUUUAGUGUGUGCCCUCAUUUCUGGUUUGUUCUUCUACUGAAAUUGAAAUUGGCACUAAUCGCAUACUGUACCAGAUGUUUUUCAUUUCUUUUCUUUUUUUUUUUUUAUCUUUCUUUUUUUUUAAUUUUUUUUACAUGAAGUGCGGUUUGCUUUAAAUAACAAAAUAACUUUUCAAGGGAUCUCCAGCUGAAAACAAUGAAAAGUAACACCAGAUUGCUUCACAACGUUUCCCAAAGGUAUACGGACUAGAUAAGAUUAAAAUAUUGUUAAAUUAUUCUACGACGUUCCUAUUAACAUCUGAAAGAGAUACAAGAUUGAUUUGAUUCCCCCCCUUUUUUUUGUAGCAUUUAGCAAUAGCUUAAUGUAUUGGAUUAAGUAAUUAAUUAAGAUAAAUACUUAUCUUAUACUAAUCACAAUGGACUUCUUAGUUGGAUAAAAAUAAUACUUCUGCACAUGUGCUCACAUUAACGCUAAAGUUAUAGUAAGAUUUUAAUUCCAACGGGAUUCGAGCAUCUAUUAUGCAUUAACUGUAUACAAGAAUAUGCUCUCCUGUGGUGAACGUUUCCUUAGUCAUUAAUAAUAUUUAAAGUAAACGGAUGAUGUAAUAAUGACUUCUUUUUCCACGUCACGUUUCACAAAGCAUAAAAAAAAAGGUUUCUUAUUCUACCUUGGAUCACAUGGAAAGCAGCUAUGGAGAAUCCUGUGAAUAGAUGUAGCAGAAACACUGGAACAGAGCUUUCCUUUAAUGAACAAGCAGCUAAUAAACAUUCAUUAAUAUCUAGACCAAAACACUGAAGGAGAAACAAACAUCUGUGAGAACCUUGAAGGUUGUGUGGUGGUCUGUAUAAACCAAUCACAUGGUCAGUUUGUUAACACGUUCUCAUAAGUUUCUCAUAACUCUACACUAUACUUACAAUUAAAAGUUCUAGUAAAAGACAAAACAUCUGCAUAUAUUCUUACAGAAGUGCAAACAGCAAACAUAACAGUCAAAUUCUUUCUUUACGUAUAACUAACUAAGGAGGUUGUGGUCAGAGCACAGGGUCAGCCAUGAUACAGCACCACUGGAGCAGUGAGGGUUAAGGGCCUUGAUCAAGGGCCCAACAGUGGCAGCUUGGCAGUGCUGGGGCUCGAACCCUGAUCAUCUGAUCAACAACCCGAAUGCUAAUAACAACUCAUGCUAAUAAUGUCUUUCAUUGUGAAAUUUAUUCAGUUCCUUUAUAUUUUUUUUCUUUUUUUUUCUUUUUUAUUAUUAUUUAUUUUAUUUUUUUUGCGCUCUUUUCCAUUUGAAUUGAUGUAAUCGAAAUAUAGGGUUCUUCUUUUAAACUCUUACCGGUGAGGACACCACAUGUAAUCGGUUUCUGAGAGCUGUACUCCUGUUUGAUCCACAUGAACGGAUGAAGGAUUGAACCGAAUGCGUGUUGUGAUGUCACACGACGUCACGAUUGGGCAUGAAUCUGCGGAAAAUCCGUGGUAUUUGCAGAAUAUUGCAGUUUGCUAGAUACUGGCCAUUUUUCCAGUUAUUUUCCCUUUAAAUUACAGUCAAGUUUAAAAGCCUACAUUUUAAUAAUAAUAAUAAUAAUAAUAAUAAUAAUAAUAAUAAUAAUAAUAAUAAUAAUAAUAACAUUAUCAUUAUUUGUUACUUAACAUAAAGGUGUCAGUGUAUUUUACUGACACAUAACAGUUUUUUUCUCACGCCUCCACACAUAUAAUAAACAUAAAUCUAAAUAAAGAUAAACAUCUAGAUAUCAAUAACUUUAUUUCUUUCUCAUACGAAUGUGCAGGCAAACCUUUAGAAAUGUGACCUUUCUGUAAAUAUUCUUUUUUGUUUUUUUUUUCUUUUCUUUUUUCCAGAGAAUGUGAUCAUGUGAAACUGGUAUUGAAAUGUCGGUGAAGGUUUCUUCUUUUUUUUAUUUCUUUUUAUUAAUUUAAUGCUUGAAGUUUAUUUUUUCCUGCGAUUCCUGCAAACCUUUUACUUGCCCUCGAAAUACGUUUAUGUAGAUUGUAAAAAAAAAAAUAAAAUAAAAAAAAAAAUUAAGAAACAUAAACAAAGCAAAACUACAUAAUCAGAUGAUAUACAGUUGGGCAAUAUAUAUAUAUAAAAUCUAAGGCCAUGUGAUUUCAAGAUAUAUUUUUAGCACAACAUCGUUAAGCAAUUAAUUGCAAGAACUAAUUUAUAUCUAUCAGUGCUAUUGACACUUUAAUGAGGGAUUGGCAUGAAGUACAGGGUUUGUCUUUAGAUGGUGGCUUUAUCUUCUAUAUCACCGUCUCUUUCGUAUUAACACUCGUUUAUUUCUCUCGUGUCUUUAUGCGACCAGAAAGUGAAGAGAGAGAGGGACAAAAGACGAAGCACAGUUUACACAUUACACACCCUCCGUUUUAUAUUCAACCAGUUAAAGGAAGGUAAAAUCUUCCUCAGCUUUAAAAAAAAAAUAAAAAAAAAUCAAUAACAAAAAAUAAACAAAUAAAUAAAUGAACAAAUAAAUAAACAAACACUUUACAACGGUCGUUCCUCAAGAUUUUACUACAGUUAACUGAGAAAAUGUGAAUAGUAUUUUUAUAGCUUGUUGAACUGGCCAGGUCAAUUUGUAAAUAGAUGGUACUCAUUCUCUUUAGACUGUUCAGAUUGCUUUUUUCUUUUCUUUUCUUUGUUUUUUUUUUUUAAACAGCAUUAAACACACUAGAUCUUUGUUUAACUACAUCGUUAUGUGUGUGUUUGAGAGAGAGAGAGAUCGGUUACUCCUGUAUAUAUCUGUAAUUUGAGCAGCACUUAUUUUGUUCAUAGAGUUUGUGGGGAUUUUUUUUAAUUUUUAUUUUAUUAAUUUAAGCACCCGACGUGAUCCUUGUGAUUGUAUUUAUCCCAGCUUGGUGGACCUCGUGUUCCUUAAUCUCUUCCCUUGCCCUAAGUGGUAGGAGUUGAUUCCUUCGUUUUCCUUCUUUCUGUCAAAUAUAACCUCACUUGCAUUUUAAUUUUGAUCUUUUGUACAGAAUAUUGCUGUAGAGGGAGUCUGCAGCUCUCCUGCAAUACAGAUUCUAUCCCAUUGGUGUGACAUUUUCCCCUCUUGCCUCAGUGCAAAGCGUUUGGUUUUUAUUCAGUAAUAAAUAAUAUUGACGGAAAUAUGAAAUUUCCUUCCAGGCCAUACAGUACCGAUUAAACUUCUCGGUUCGGAUUGAGCCGAAACGUAGGACACGGAAUCACCCGUAUGGUCCGAGCGAUGCUGAGAAGUUUGACCUGUAUGACUUUAAGACUCCCGUCCUGGAGCGUUUCAUCUGAGACGCAGCUCCGAUGUGGCUCCCGUUAAUUGCCCUCCUAAUGGUGUUUCUCCGUGAGAUUAAUGUGUCGUUAUGUAUUAUUCACUUUGACAAAUUGAAUAAUUGAUCGGACGGCUCAUUUCGCCUCCCCGAGCUUUGACUGAUGGCUUGUCAGAGCAAAUUCUCGUCUUUUUUUUUCUUUCUUUCUCUUUGAGACGAGAGGCACCACAGAGAGCAGUGCAGUAGGAGGUUGGGUUCCUGCUGAUUCGAUGCUCUUCGCCCAUUUCCCCUUUUCCUCCCCAAAAAAGUUUUGUUACAUGAAUCUGUCAAAAGUAUAUUUUUAAUUUAAUAUAAAUAAAAUAAAUGCCAUUACAGUACCUAAAAUAUGAUGUUUGUGUGUUCAUUCAUCAUUCAUUCAUUCAUCUUCUACCGCUUAUCCGAACUACCUCGGGUCACGGGGAGCCUGUGCUCAGGCAUCAUUGGGCAUCAAGGCAGGAUACACCCUGGACGGAGUG